GACAGCCUUCGCUUCUGCUUCGAUUAUUAUCAAUUUCUCCGCACCGUGCUUUGUAUGUGAAAGGUUUAAGUAAAUCUUGUCGGUGCAAUCCGCCAAAAUAUGUAGCACAAGAAAAAAGAACUCGAAGAAUCAGAAAUUCGAAGAAAAGUAAAAUUGUUCAAUUAACUAAAUAACAUGUGAUUCUCGAGAAAAGUGAAGUACAAGGUAAACGUCAACUUCCGUUGACAGGUUGCAAACGCAAGGUUGUUAAUCGCGAGCGAGAUCGAUUUCUCCUCUGAUGAAUGACGAUGAUCAUUUAAUAAAACCAGAUCAUGGAGGACAGUAGCAAGGAACGCCGGGUCCUGCAGCACUAUGUUGCCAAGCAAGACACGGUACUGAUACGGAUAUUCGGUGCGUGCGACGUUAACGUUAACAAGUUGCGUCUGGGAAUGCUUGUAGAAGCACUGGAGGAUUUGAAGGAGAGCGUGUUGAGGGUGCGCGUGACCGACACCGUCGGCGGAUCUAAGACCUGGUGCGGCACGGAAUGGCGUUGCCACAAAUACGACCUGAUCCCUGUGUCGCCGAUGGUCUGGCAGUGCCUGCUCGCCGUACAAUCUCCUCAGGAGAGGAUCCGAAUAGCGAACGACGAGGCUCUGUGUGAACAGAUACGAAAUACAUCUGUAAACGAUGUAGUUUGGUACUGUUCCGAUCCUGCUAACAGACGCGCCAAAGAAUUAGCAUUUGUCAGAUACAUCGGACCUGUGCAGCAACUUGGACCUGGACAUUACUUUGGCCUAGAACUAGUGGAGAAUCAGGAAUUAUCUAAAACAUCCUUAUUAGCCAAGGAAUAUUUUGCUUCCACACAUUGGAAUGCUGCUGCAAUAUUUGCCCCUAUAAAUAAUAUAAUAUUUUAUAAGGAUAUCGAUCCAAUCUCUGGCGGUAUUGAAAAAACAUCGUUCUUGAAAAAUAAUACAACUGACUAUAUCAAUGAUAAGAAGAGAUCUGUGCUCGACAGUACACCGGCUGUUUUAUUAGAGCAAUUCACGCUGUUUGAUGACAACAAAAACAACAAUCAAGAAUCUGUCAACUUACUAAAAGAACGUCAAGCUGGAAAAUUGGAUCUUGAAAACGAUGUUAAUAAUUACGCUAAAAACGUCGAUCACGCUCUUUUUAAAUGUGGUAAUGACGAGAAGAACGAAAUCAAGAAAUUCAACAAAGUAGAGAAUAAAGGAGAAUUGAUGGUUGGUUCUAAUGUAAAAGUAUUUUUGGAUACUGAUGUUCAUUAUGGUGUUAUUCGAUGGAUCGGCACCCCACCUGGUACAACUCCUGGCAAAUUGAUGGCAGCUGUCGAGCUGGAUAACGGACAUCCUUUAGGUACUGAUGGAACUUACAAAGACAUCAGGUAUUUUCAUUGUAGACCUUACAAAGCUGUAUUUAUAGACAUCGAACACUGUUCUCAUUACGAAAACACGAAGCUCAACGAACGGCCUGCACUAACAAACAACGAUAAUUUCGGUAAUAUGGAGAGCUCUGUAAUCACGGGCAUAGUACGGCCUAUCUCCGUCAAGGGAGACUUAGAAAGUAUAUGCGGAAAGUAUCGUGGUAUUCAGGGUCAUCAUAAUUCAUGCUACUUGGAUGCAACUCUUUUUAGCAUGUUCACAUUUACCAGCGUAUUCGACAAUCUUCUGUUUCGUCCGCCGAAUGAGAAAGAUUGUCCGCAGUAUGAAGAAGUGCAGAGAGUUUUGAGGGAGGAGAUUGUGAACCCGUUGAGAAAAAAUAUGUUUGUCAGAGCGGAUCGUGUAAUGAAGCUCAGAACAUUACUCGAAAAGUUGUCGUCAGUAUCCGGACUCACUAGCGAAGAGAAAGAUCCGGAAGAAUUCUUAACAUCGCUGGUCGCCCAGAUUUUGAAUGCCGAACCAUUUCUCAAAUUAAGCUCCGGACAGGACGCCUACCAUUAUCAAUUAUUUGUCGAAAAAGAUGAUCAUUUGAAUCUACCGACAGUGCAGCAAUUAUUGGAGCAAAGUUUUCUGACUAGUAAUAUCAGACUGAAGGAAGUUCCUUCCUGUCUCAUCAUACAAAUGCCGCGCUUUGGAAAAUCAUUUAAAAUGUAUCAGAAGAUACAACCUACGUUGUUACUUGACGUGACAGACAUUAUUGAAGACUCACCUAGACAAUGCACAGUGUGCGGCAAAUUAGCAGAAUUUGAGUGUAAAGAGUGUUACGGACAAUGCGGCGUCGGUCUCGAAAGUAUAGCCUUCUGUUUACAGUGCCUCGAAAAAGUACAUCGUCAUGAACGGAGAACGAAUCAUGAACCAAAGAAGCUGAACGUACCUAUGGAAUUUACAAUUCUGCAAGAACAUUGUCCUGUACCUCGUUUGUAUUUAGAGCUGUCCGCGGUGGUUUGCAUCGAAACUUCGCACUACGUUUCAUUUGUAAAAUGCGGCCCUGGUUCGGAAGCACCAUGGUGCUUUUUCGAUUCCAUGGCUGACAGAAAAGGAGAGCAAAAUGGAUAUAAUAUACCGGAAAUGGUGCCAUGUCCAGAUUUUCCUUACUGGUUGAGCGAAGACGGAGGAAAUUACUUAACCGAACUGACAGACGAUCGGCAUUUACCGGAACAUGCGAAACGACUUCUUUGCGACGCGUAUAUGUGCAUGUAUCAAUCUCCAGAUGUUAUGAUGUACAAAUAACUCGAAGACGAACGAUUCAUAUUUUAAGUAAUGUUGAGUCUAGCAUUACUGCAAAAGUGCAAUCCUGCUUAUAGAGCUUUCCCUAAUGACUAAGUUUAUAUAAAUCUUUAAUGAACUUUAAUGAAUUAUAGCUAUGGGCUGAUCUAACCAUCUCCAAUUAGCUUGAUUGGUCAAUUAAAUUUCAGAAUAGUCAAUUGCAAAACUUAAAAUUGAUCAUAUUAUUUUUUUCUUACACAAAAAAGUAUGUAAAAUUGAUCUUAUUAUUUUAUGUAAUAUUUUUUGCGAAUUAUAAUUCAUGUAAAUAUAAUACUUUUAUAAUUAAAUUUUAAUGAAAAUAAUUGAAAAAUUAGAUUAGAAAAAAUUAGUUUUAAGUUUUGCAUCCCAUAAAUUUAAUUGGUUAAUUAAGUUAAUUGAAGUCGGAGAAACCGGCCUUAUGACUGAGAUAAUUCCAAGGUCUCGAAAUCAUGUACAAAAUAGGAAUAUACAUUUGUAUGCGAAAAAAGAAUACAUAGUUAUACAAAAUAAAAUUGACAAUACAUACA